AUGACCGGCCCUAUUAUCAUUGGAAACACGACUAAAGAUCAUGCCACUACUGAAAAAUCCGAAAAAAUGAACGGAAGUCUAAGAAAUGGCGUCACAAAUGGGAAAAACAGCUCAAACGGUAUUAACAGCAAAACUUAUAUUGCAGAUAAUUGGUCUCCCUCUUCUUGGAGAACGAAACCAAUAAAACAAGACGUGAAUUAUGAUGAUAAAGAACAUUUGAAAAAGGUUUUGACUAAAUUAAACCAUUUGCCUCCAAUGGUGACACCUGAAGAGAUUAUAAAACUUCGUAAUCAAUUAAAACAAGUUGCUCUUAAUAAAGCCUUUCUUUUGCAAGGUGGUGAUUGUGCUGAACUUUUUGAUUAUUGCUCGCAAGAACCAAUAGAGUCAAAACUCAAAGUACUCCUUCAAAUGAGCUUGGUGCUCACUUGGGGUGCUAGAAUUCCGGUGGUACGAAUUGCUCGAAUGUCUGGUCAAUAUGCAAAACCACGAUCAAAUCCAUUUGAAAAGUAUCAAGGUCAGGAUAUUCCAUCUUUUCGAGGAGAUAAUGUUAAUGGAUUUGAUUUUGAUGAUAGAAAACCCGAUCCUGAACGUCUUGUAAGUGCUUAUUUUCAUUCAGCCGCAACCUUAAAUUAUGUAAGAUCAAUCCUUAGCUCAGGGUUUGCAGAUCUUCAUCAUCCCUCAGAAUGGUCACUUCAUCAUGUACGUUCUAAUGGAACUCGACAAGAAUAUCAGACAAUUGUCGAUCGUCUUACCGACGCAUUAAAUUUCAUGACGACGAUUGGUGCAGACAAUCCAUUGUCUCCUAUUUCAAACUCAUUAAAUAGUGUUGAUUUAUUCAUGUCACAUGAAGGAUUAAUACUUGAAUAUGAACAAAGCUUAACGCGUCAAUUAAAAGAUCCUACUACUGGUGAUCUUAAAUGGUUUAAUGUUGGAACUCAUUUCUUAUGGGUUGGUGAUAGAACUCGACAAUUAAAUGGCGCACAUGUUGAAUAUUUCCGUGGAAUACAAAAUCCUAUUGGAAUUAAGGUUGGUCCAAGCAUGCAACCUGAUGAACUCAAAGAAUUAUUGGAUAUUGUAAAUCCAAACAAAGAGAUUGGAAAAGUGACAUUAAUUACGCGUUACGGAGCAAAUAAUGUAGAAAAAUACUUGCCAGGUCAUAUCCAAGCAGUUAAGGAAUCAGGUCAUGUUGUAGUUUGGGCAUGUGACCCAAUGCAUGGAAACACAAAGAAUUCUUCAUCUGGAGUAAAAACUCGUCAUUUCAAUGCUAUAAUUGAGGAACUUUCAAAAGCGAUACAUACUCAUAAAGCCAAUAAUAGCCAAAUGAAUGGGGUACAUUUUGAGCUUACAGGUGAAGGUGUAACUGAAUGUGUUGGAGGAUCAAUGCAACUUGCUGAUGCCGACCUUGCUCUAAAUUACAAAACUUAUUGUGAUCCUAGACUAAAUUAUGAACAAAGUUUAGACGUAGCAUUUUUAAUUGCGAAAUACUAUGAAAAAGAGAGAAAUGGUUAUUUACCUGGUUUAUAG